UAGGGCUUUUUGGCUAGGGUUUUAGAGAGUAUGCCCGCGGCAAUGGAGGCGACGCAGGCGAUGGACGUCGAUGAGGCGCCCUUGGUGCCGUCAGAGAAGCCGCAAUCGAUCGAGCAGCUCACGCUUUCGUCGCUGCAGCAAGCCGCGGAGUUCUUCGGCAACGCUCCUCCAGAUCCGGUAGGCGCCGAGAGCCGGAGAAUCAGGACUGCUUAUAAGCACGCGGAGUAUGCUGUGGUGAAAGAUCUCCCACAAAUCACACAGCAGCCUCUGAAAAACGCGUACGCAUUAACGAAUGCUGCUGUGACUGCCGCUACAGAUGUGAAGCCUGCGGCUUUGCCAGAUGCUUCACCCGGUCAGAUUGUUCGUGCGGGCCCUGUCGGUCCUCAGCCUGCGUUUACUCCUUCCGGAACACCAGAAAGUGGUAUAGCGAGAUACCAACCGAGUGCGGCUGUAAUGCGAAGGCUUCCCAGUAGGUGGCCGAAGCCGGAGUGGCAUGCUCCAUGGAAGAACUAUAGAGUUAUUAGUGCUCACUUGGGAUGGGUUCGAGCGAUAGCCUUCGAUCCAGGAAACGAGUGGUUCUGUACGGGAUCUGCAGAUCGUACAAUAAAAAUUUGGGAUACUGCCUCAGCUACCCUGAAGUUGACGUUAACAGGACAUGUUGAGCAAGUUCGAGGGCUGGCUGUUAGUCCACGCCAUCCUUACAUGUUUUCGGCUGGAGACGACAAGCAAGUGAAAUGUUGGGAUCUCGAAUACAACAAGGUUAUCCGAUCCUACCAUGGGCACUUAAGUGGAGUUUACUGUCUUACGCUUCAUCCUACUCUGGAUAUACUCUUAACAGGAGGAAGGGAUUCCGUCUGUCGAGUCUGGGAUAUGCGGACAAAAGCUCAAAUUUUUGCUCUAUCUGGGCACGACAACACUGUAUGCUCGGUGAUAACACAAGCCACAGAUCCACAAGUGGUGACUGGAUCUCACGACUGCACGGUCAAGCUAUGGAAUCUAGCAGCGGGAAAGACACUCUCGACUUUGACAUUUCACAAAAAGUCGGUGCGCGCACUGGCCUUGCAUCCGCUACAGCCCGCGUUUGCAUCUGCCUCAGCGGACAAUAUUAAGAAGUUCAGCUUGCCGAGGGGCGAGUUUGUGCACAACAUGCUCUCACAGCAAAAGGCUAUCGUUAACUGCAUGGCUUUGAACGAAGAGAACGUGCUUGUAACAGGAGGUGAUAAUGGAAGCAUCUGGUUCUGGGAUUGGACGAGCGGCCAUAACUUCCAGCAAACUCAAACCAUCGUUCAGCCAGGUUCGCUGGAUGCCGAAGCGAGUAUCUUUGCGGCUUCUUUCGACAUCACCGGGACCCGACUUGUAACUUGCGAAGCUGACAAGACGAUAAAAAUGUGGAGGCAAGACGAGAACGCCACGCCUCAGACGCAUCCGCUCAACUUCAGGCCUCCAAGGGACAUUCGAAGGUUUUAGUUCUCUCGGUAUUGCUUGUACGCUAAAGUUGCAGGCUCACAUCAAACUUCCCUUACCGUACGUAGCGCUCGCAAACUGUGACUCGAGGUGGUGGAGCUUGAGCUGCGUCCAGCACUUUUGCAACUCGUCCUCGAUCUCUUUCCGGCUCUUGGCGAGCUGGAUGUGGAGAGCCUCGUACUUGGCCUUUUGGCUUUCCGGAUCCAGCGACUUGGUUUCGUUCUCGAGCGCUAGCAGCUCCUCCUUGAUCCUCUUGAGGCCGUCGCCCAUGGUCACGUACUUUUGGCGGAGGUGGGAGGGCGUGACGCUGAGAGACUUUUGCUGGAGCUCGCGGAGCUCGUCCUUGCACUUGGCAAGGCUGGCGCUGAUCUCAUCGUACUUGGUGUGGAGCGAUGAUCCGUUGGUGGCCGCCGUGUUGGUGGCCUUGGAUUCGCAGCGUUGGUGGUGGCUUAAGUCCUCCAGCUGCAGUGAAGAGUUUCUUUUCAAAGGCUUGGGUCAGUGGAAUUGGAUUGGAAUGAAAGGAAAGAAGAAGAUUUGAAAGGUU